UCAUACCACACAACGUAUUACAUCCUCACUUUCCUGAAACCCUAAAAUCCCAAAAUACCGAUUCUCCUUCAAUUGUUCUUCGUCAAUUCAUCAUUCUCAAUGGCCAGUCAGCGCUAGGGUUACGUCGUGAACCCUUGAUGACGACGGAAUUGCAUGCUACAGAACAGCCAAUCGAAGGAUGUCAUUUCCAUUACAACUUUAUUCAUAUCACAAACCCUAUAGCUGAAUUUGUGAGAUUCAUUUUUCAAACAUCGACGAUCUGUGGAUGGUUUUGGUUUCUGUAACGACUUCUGAAGAGAUGUGAAAGGAAGAGAAGAAAUACUGACAAUUCAUAGCAAAAACAAGAAGCUCGACAAGAACGUGUCACUAAAUGUGAUCACGAUGCGAACUUGUAGGUUAAACUGUAUGAGCUGGCAAAUCUGAUGAACGAUACAACCAUCUUGAUGGCAGAAGAGGCAAGGGUAAGAUUAGUUUGAAAAAGAUUGAUGACUUGAUUGAUAGAAUCAUUGUAGGAACCGAAGGAACUCAGAUGACAGAUGGAAAGAACAAGAUGUUAGUAGCCUAUCAUGAAACCGGUCAUGCAGUCUGCGAGGGUGGAUCCGAAGUCUAUAUUGUGCGAGUUUUUCAAGGCUGGUCAAUGUGCGAAAGGUUUCAAAUGCAAGUUUUCUCAUGACUUGAAUGUACAAAGGAAGGGUGAAAAGUCUGACAUUUUCAGUGAUAAGCGUGAUGAAGGAACAAUGGACGACUGGGAUUUGGAGACGUUGGAAAAAGUUGUGAAAUCAAAAGGAAAAGAGUACAACCAGAAUAAACCAACCGACAUCGUUUGUAAACACUUGCUCGAUGCAGUGGAGAAAAAGCAAUAUGGUUGGUUCUGGGUAUGUCCAAACGGUAAUAAAGAGUGCCAUUACAGACACGCUCUCCCUCCCGGAUACAUCUUGAAAUCUCAAAUGAAAGCUCUUUUAGAAGAAGAGGCUAACAAGCUAGCUAUCGAGGAUGAGAUUGAGAAUCAGGUUAAAGCAGUUUGUGGUCGUCUUCGUUCGAAUUCACGUAGCUAUAUGCUUGCUGAAGAGAAAACUCUUUAUCUUUUACUGAAAAACUAUGAGCAAAUCGGAAGAUGGCGAUACAAUAGAAUUUGAGGUACCUGGAGAUGCUGAACUGAAAGCUUUGGGGGGGGGGGGGGGUUGUGGAUGUGGGGAAGUUUAUGGAGCAUGCAAUGAAGACCCCAUCGACUCAUCACGCGGCUCCGCCCAGCGGUUUAGGGGUCCAGGGUUGUGUUUGAAGAAAAUAUAUCUAAAGAAGGCUUACAAAAUAACUAUCUCAGUUAAUUAGUGGGCUACAAUCAAAUUUGAGUUCUUAAACUUUUGGGCUUAUGCAGUGUGUAUUUUAUCUUCUCGUAAAGAAGUAAGCGGAACAGACUAACUGCCAAUCUCAGAACAACAACAAAGCCAACUGAAAUCCAACCUAAAACUCCUACAGUGCAGUUAGUGAAACGAACUGUUCAAGCUGACAGGUAUAUUCCUUCUCAAAUUUAUGACAAAUUGGAUCUGUGAGGGUAUCGUAGUUUGGAUCUGGAGAUGAGCCUGAGACACAUUUUGGCCUUUUUUCUCUAAAUCAACAGCCCAAGUAUCAACUAAGUUUUCACUAGAAAAGUUCAUCUUAGAAUGGGUUUUGCUUUCUAACUGUAUGAUAAAUAAAUGAAAUAAAAAAAAGUGUUGUUAUAUGUGUGUGGUUGUUACUUUUUGAUUUAUCUACAUCUUUACAUGUAGGAGUGCAAAUCAUACUUGGUGGAAAUCAUGCUAGGCUCUUUGCAACUUCUAUAGAUCGUUGACUGUUUGUGAUGUAGCGAGUACCUUGAGGCUUAAGCAUAAAUCCGGUUAAUUUCAUAGUUUGAAUAAAAAGUUGGGUAAAUGUUUAUAUGAGUCCAGGUGAUUUCAUCAUUUUAAAUAGUUGAAUCUGAUCCUUGAAUUUUUAACUCAUUGAGUCCGAGUGGUUUCCAAGUCCAUGUGAUUUGAACAUACAAAUACAGAAACAGUCAAGGUGAUGAUCACAUUCAUGUUCAUAUGGAUUCUUGAUGUAUAACAUCUUAUAUAUUAAUAUUAUUAAGAUUUUAGUUGCUGCUAACUAGGGAUGACUAUUUGGUACUGGGUAUCGGUACUGAAUUUUUUCGGUACCGGUACCCACUUAUGGCAUUUUCGGUACCGGCACUUUAGGUACCUGUACCGGUAAAAUAUUGAUUUUUAUCUUCAAAUAUCGGUACCAUACCGAACAUUUUUGUUACCGGAACCCAGUUUUGCCAAAUUUCGGUACCAGUAUUUUCUGUACUGGUUCGGUUUUGUUGAAUUAUUAGUGGAACAAAUGUAAUAUGUGACUGAAUUCUUUUAUGUACUACUCUCCCAGUAUCUUGCUGGUAGGGCCCUUUGGUUUUGUUGAAUAAAAGGCAACAUAUUUGUGUGGAGGGGGUCCGUCUUCAUUAGUAUGCAAGAUAUGUGAAGCGGAGGACGAAUCUGCUGCACAUGUUCUGUUGAAAUGCCGGUUUGCUGGUGCAGUCUAGACACACACAGGUACUCGGGUGGAUGAACGGAAACAUGGGUCAAAAGGAGUAAUUUUUUUGGUACAAGUUACAACAGAUGGGGUCGGCUCGACUCACUUUUUGUUCAAAAGUUUUAGUUUUUUUUAAUAAUAGUUAACGUGUCAAGUAUGAUCACCAAAGUUAUAUUCUUAAAAAAAACUUACCAGACCCGAAACCUGUUCUAACCCGAAACCCGUUCUGACCAAGACCCGUUUUGACCCAGACCCGUUUCAGCACGAACCAAAACAACCCUUUUUUAUAAUUGACAAGUUUUGACCCGAAUCCGUUUUGACCCAUGACACGACCCGACCCGUUUGCCAGUUCUACUACAUAUGUACAUCUGUGGAUUAUUGAGUUCACACCAGAAUAUUUACAAAUUCAAUUCUUGAAACAAAUUCAAUUUUUUAUGUUUGUUAACCAUAAAAAAUACUUUGUUUUUUUAUUAUAAUUGAAACAUGUGCUUUCGUUUUGUUAUCACAUUCCGGAUAAAGGCGCGAAGAUGAUUCUAGUUAACAAAUCAGUUAUGGGUUGGUGGAAAGACUUCGAUGUAGAUGGGAGUCUCGGGAAGAUGGGUAUCAAGGUAAAAGAUUCUCUAAAGGUUCAAAUUGGGAUAGAGCAAAAACAAGGAUGUGGUUUGAUACAUGGAUCAAGGAAGCUCCAUUAAGGCUUUUGUUCCCAAAUGUGUUCAGGCUCGCUGCUGUGAAAGACGCUAAGGUGGCCUCCUAUUAUGAAGUCGCAGGUUCGUUAAGUUAAUGGCGGUGGGAAUGGGUUAGAGACCCCAAUUUUGCUGCUAAAUGGGCUGAGUUGGCGGUUCUUAUGCGCUUGCUGAAUGAUGUAACUCUGUCACAUCAGUCGGAUAAAUGGGUUUGGGCAAACGAGGCAGGUGGACAGUUUUCGGUUAGAUGCAUUCGCAAUGAGCUUGCCCUGAAGGCGUCGGUUUUCAGCGAUGGGGUUUUGUUCCCAAAUGUGUUCAGGCUCGCUGCUGUGAAAGACGCUAAGGUGGCCUCCUAUUAUGAAGUCGCAGGUUCGUUAAGUUAAUGGCGGUGGGAGUGGGUUAGAGACCCCAAUUUUGCUGCUAAAUGGGCUGAGUUGGCGGUUCUUAUGCGCUUGCUGAAUGAUGUAACUCUGUCACAUCAGUCGGAUAAAUGGGUUUGGGCAAACGAGGCAGGUGGACAGUUUUCGGUUAGAUGCAUUCGCAAUGAGCUUGCCCUGAAGGCGUCGGUUUUCAGCGAUGGGGGUUCUUUCAGAUGGAACGCUUGGGUGCCUCUCAAGGUCAACUACCUCAUGUGGUGGGCAGUUUCCGAUAGACUGGCAGCCAUGGUGUUGCUCGCAAAAAAGGGGAUCCUUAUCGACGAUAGUCUGUGUAGUAGAUGCGCGCUGAGUUAAGAAACAUGUGAUCACCUUUUCGCAUAUUUUUUAUGGGCCAAAAGCGUUUGGUGGAACGUCCUCAGAUGGAUAAAAGUCCCGGUCAUUAGUGAGGAGAUGACAAUCAACCAGAUCCUCAGCCACAUUCAGUCUCAAGUGGGCUCCAAAAAAUGAAAAAAAGGUGGUACACCUGGUGAUUCUGGGCUGUUUUUGGUGCCUUUGGUUAGCGAGAAACGACAAAGAAUUUAAUGGGAAUAUGGUGCCGGUUAGAAGGAUCGUGGAGCUUAUUAAAGAAGAGACCAGGUGAGAAACGACAAAUAACCAAUGUGAGUUUUCUAUGCAAUUUGUCUUAUUUUUUUUAAAUGUGUAGAACAACAAAUAUGUAUACACAUUCUUAUAGACACCACACAGGCAAUGACUUUACAAACCUUUGAAUAAAUUAUAUUAGCUGAGGUACACGCU